ACGUGUGGUGCGGAAAUCCAUUGCCAGAGUCCUCACCGUGAUCAACCAGACCCAGAAGGAGAACUUGAGGAAGUUUUACAAAGGCAAAAAAUACAAACCCCUCGAUCUGCGGCCCAAGAAGACUCGUGCCAUGCGCCGCAGGCUAAACAAACACGAGGAAAACCUGAAGACCAAGAAACAGCAGCGAAAGGAACGUCUGUACCCGGUCCGGAAAUACGCCAUCAAGGCGUGA